CACUCGACCAGUGCUCCCACUCACUCUCUCUGCAAAACGAGCAUUCAGUGUACACUAUCACACGCACUGUGUGAGCCGAGAGCGCUUUCUGUCUGUCUUUCAUUCAUCCUGGUGAAGCCUGCUCACACUUUCUUCCUCUCUUCUCUCCCCCCCUCACCCUCUACCCUACCUCCCUCCACGCUGGGAUAGCUUACUUUGUUUAUUGUUUUCCCUCAGUGGUGCCUUUCGGUCGGAGUAAUAGUGGAUGUGAUAUCAACAGAGCUCCGUUUGUUCUUACCUCCGCGAUACUACGGACCGGAGAGGAGUCGCCAGAGGACACGCGCAUCACGACAGGAGAACAGCGCGAAGGAGUUUUGUGGAGGGGACGGCGUGAUUUUAAAACAAGAAAUUAAGAAAUCAUCUGUACUGAACAGCAGCGUUAACACGGACGCUCCGCCUGACGAGACUCCCGUUAAGUUUUGACGGAUUUUAUAGCACAGGUGCGUUAAAGGAUUGAAGACAGGCACUUAGCGGAUGGUUGUCGGUCUGUGUGGAGAGGUGUCACUGCCUCUGCGCAAGAUAAGUCUGAGACAUGGAGUUGAUCUACAUUUCCUAAUGUCUAGUCUCAAAUGAAGAUGAAGUCUGCGGGCGUCGUGGAUGGAGGCUUGUUCACAGAGAGCUAUUGUAACAUCUGCAAUGCCCAGCUCAUCUCAGAGUCCCAGCGCACCGCUCACUAUGAGAGUAAGAAACAUGCCAAUAAGGUACGUCUGUUCUACAUGCUUCACCCUGAAGAUGGAGGACCGCCUUCCAAGAGACUGAGGCCAGAUAACCCAGACUGUGCAGAGACAGAGGUGGACAGGAACAAGUGCUGUACCUUGUGUAACAUGUUCUUCACCUCCGCCAUUGUGGCCCAGUCCCACUACCAGGGCAAAACCCAUGCCAAGAGAGUCCGUCUGGUGCUGGGGGAGCCAACAAACCUGCCUGCAGCCAUGACCAGCCCUACAAACACAGAUUCCUCCCCUUUGACCCCACUGCCCACAGACCCCACUACAUGCCCCCCUCCUCCCCCUGCUCUGCCAUGGCCCAUGGCAGUGGUCGGGGGAAACGGUGGAAGAGAAGCCGGGAAAUACUGUUGCCUGUGCGGAGCCUGGUUCAACAAUCCACUGAUGGCCCAGCAGCACUACGAGGGAAAGAAGCACCGCAGAAAUGCAGCAAGGGCACGUCUCCUGGAGCAGCUAGCGGGCAGUCUGGAUGCCACAGAGAGCACAGGGCUGCGCAGUAGUUACUCCUGCAGUGUCUGCAGUGUGGUCCUCAACUCCAUUGAGCAGUAUCAUGCACACCUCCAGGGCUCCAAGCACCAGAACAACCUGAAGCAACACCAGCAGUAAGCCACCGAAACAAGCCACUCUGGAAAGAAGAAGAGAUGAGGACAGAGAUUAUUGGAAUAAACAACUUCAGAAAAGAGGACUUGUGUCAGAAACCGAGUAUGAGAGAGUAGUGCAGAGUAACUAACAGAGUGUGUGUCUACGUAUGUGUGUGUGUGUGUGUACAUGGGUGUCAUGGACAUCCACGCCUGCAUCUGCAAUAUGCAUGUGUGGGUCAUUGUGAGUGUGUUUAUUUCUAUCUUUGAUCUAAAAAUAUAUCUCUGAGAUUUAUCCAGCACCCAAGUGUUUGAUAUGAGUUCUCGACACCGACAGCUAUCAGAGGAGCUGCAGCUGUAUAUUGCCAUAUAACUCCUGUGUGAACCACAAUCCUAAAAUUGAACUGAUGUCGGUGUUUUACCCAGAGUGGUAAUAACCAUUACAAUGAUCGUCAUAGAGCAGCAGUAAUAAUAACUCUGUAACUAGCGGUCUACCAAGUGCUCUGACAGUGAUCCAAGUCUGAACACAGUCUGUUGUUUCUACAUGCAUUUCAUAUACAGUGACGCUGAUGGUGGCACAUGCACGGCUCACUUUCAGACCACUUGAGACCUACUCAGGCCCAAACUUUUAAAUCCAAGGACAAGAAAACCCCCAAUGACCUCAGUCAUUAUACACUGCAUGAAUUUCCACUUUAAAUUUUUGGUUUAAAAUCUUGUGCUGUCUAUAAUUGUAGUGUCACUAUUUUCAGAUGGUGGAUGUGUCAUUUUGAAAUCCCAUCUUUUCAUAUUCCAAAUAUUCAAAACCUGGAGAUGUGGCAUGGUUACAGUACAGAGGGCAGUAGAGAAAAGCAGCACAAAGCUUUUAAACUCCUUCUGAAGUGAGGGUCUGUGCAGCUUUGUGAAUCACACUGUAUACUGUUGGAAACAUUCCCACAGCACUGAAUACUGAUGUCAGAUGCAGUACGGAGGUGACAAAAAUUCUCUUCUCUGUUGAGAUAGGCGACAUGUAGAUAAUAUUUUUUUAUUUUUCUGUUGUGGUGGCCAGAGGAAAAAAACACUUCACUCCCAAUCAAUGUAGCAGCCAAUGUACAAUACAACUGGGAUGUAAUUCAAUGCAUGCAAAAAUGUAAAACGUUGCGUUCACUUGCCUUUUUAAAACCUAUUGCUUGCGCAUUUUUGGCAAUAGCGCUGCUUUCUAGUGAUAGCUUCGUAAUGCAUUACUGCAUAUGCUUGCACCUGAACAAAGAGGUCACCUUUUAGUACUGAACAGGCUUCUUUCCAACACCUAAUUUAUUUAUCAAAAAACCCUUACAUACCUAGGAAUUAGACCACCCCUCCAUCUGUAGUGUCUUCAGAGUGUCUGCAAAGUGAGCUUCAACAAUGGUUUGUAGCACCAUAAGAUGAGCAAAGAGAGGACACGUUCCAGUUUCCUGUGCUGUCACUAAGAUCGGCCCUGAGCAGCAAUUUUCUAGGAGCUGGGAGAAGGACUAAGAAACACAGCACUCAGUGCUAAGCUAUACUCUGCUAGUUCUUGUUGGUUCAAGCUCUGUGUUUUUGUUUUUUCUCUGUAAACACAUUAAAAUCUUUUUAUUCUGUGCUUUGUUCAUUUCAACAUGAAGAGAGUGAACUAUGAAUGACCUGAUUAUAAAUGUUUUUUCUUCUGCAGACAUAUGGAUGAGUAAUGGUUUUUAUGCAAUCACACUGUAGUAUUAAUAACCAUAAAAAUGUGGUUUUGAAGUGAAAUAGUUUAACGAAGCAAAAAAAAAAGUGGUUUGUGUAAAUAAGCGGUAGCUGCAGGCAAAGCUGGUCUUUUAAGAAGUACAAGAGUUUUGUAUUCAAUAUGUUUAUCUGCACUGAGCUACAGGUGAUAAGGGAAAUGUACUUCAUAUAGAUAUUAUUAUUUAAAAAUAUACAGAUAUGGUGGCAGUGAAAUGAGAAUAAACUGUAUUUUGAUGGGUUAUGUUCUGAAUGGAGAAGCCUGAGCUGAGGAGUCAUGACGAUGGACCAAAAUCCAGCAGUGGAAGACAGUGAGAAAUCAUCCUUACUAAGAGGGAUUUUGAUAACAGCUAUUUUCAUGAGGACAAACACAAUCAUCGCAAAGACUGUCUCAUGACUGUUUUGCCAGUGGAUUCAUAAAACAGCCAAAACAGCAGCACAGGUCUGCAGGCUGUUGGAUUUUAACACAAUGUCUAAAAUUACCAACCUGUCAGUUGUCUGUAACGCCAUAAGAAAAACACAAAAAACAAGAAGUCAUUUGGCAUUUUUGUGUGCAUCAUGACUGUUUUGAUGACUAUUUACACUGACUCUCUCCAGCACUGGUGUAUUCACAAUAGAAGUGGUGUCUGUGUGUCGUGCAGAGGAUGACUGUGCCAUGAGUCACAUAUUUUAGCAGAUGUUACGUAAUAUAUGACAGAGAUGUAUCUAUGGGUAGGAAUUCUGUGAUACGAUGCUUGUGGGUGGAUGUCUGUGUAUGUGAAGCUGUCAACUGCACUGGCAGUGGGAGACUCGCUGUGAGCUGUGUACUGUGAGCACAUUUGUAAACACACCUGAUGAUGAAUACAAUGAAGAUGACAACUAUAUCUA